AUGACGUCCUGUGUCGUACAAGUCCAGGAACUAUCGCGUCGUCUGCUCAAGCGCUUGCAGCCGUCGCUACCAACCGUUGCUGACGUAGAGGACUUGGCUGCUGCACGUGACUCGGCCACUAGCGAGGCGCUGCUUAAAGUAUGCAAGCGCCAGAUUGAGUCAUCUCCACGCUCGUCCGCCCCAUCGAUGAUGGUGCUGCCUGUCGAGCCGACUCAGGAGGAGAUUAUGGCGGCCACGUCAGUAAGUGACGUGGAGUGGCCCAGCGUCACUGGCUGCGAAGGUGUUCGCAAGGCACUCACAUUCUUACGGACCUCACGGCAGCACGCGCUCAUGCUCAUGCUUCAGAAUCAAUGGGAGCGCGCUAUCACCGUGUUAGAGAAAAUCGAGAAGGCUACUGAAAGCGUUAGUGAACAGCGGCGACAGGUUGUGAUUCAAAAGGCCAACGCCGGCCGCAACUUACUCGUGGAAAAGAUCCAAGAGUUGGAACUCGUGCCACCACAUCGUGUCGUCCAAUUUAGUGACGAAGUCACUGUCGUCUUUGCAGAUGAUAUGGACCGCAAAUGUGAUGCAGUGUCCGAGUCCAUGCGCGAAGAGAUGCUCGUCCUGCGCGCGUCACGCAAGAUCCCACAGGAAAAUCUCUCGGAGUUUUGGAGCGAGUAA